UUAUUUUAAACAAGUCCGUAACCGAACACGCCCCCUACCCCGCUUGGAAUUAUGGGAGAUGUGGUCUGUUAUUAGAUUGAACAUGGAAAAAAUGGACGUGCAGCCGCCACCUAUCCGAACCUUGGAUGAUUUUGUUUUGGGCUCGGCUCGGUUCGCUGUGCCAGAUAUUCGUAAUCUGGAGAGAUGGAACAAUCGGAUCAUAAACAACUUGCUGUAUUACCAGUCCAACUAUUUCGUUUCGUUUUUGACAAUCCUGGGAAUAGUAGGGUAUUUCAAGCCCUUCAACCUCUUCCUGGGAGCCACAGUUGUGACAUUGAUAUUCAUGGGGUUUGUGUGGGCAGCAGAGAACCAGGCCCCCAUCAGACGGUUCCGCCGGAACCACCCAUCCCUGGCCCUGGGUGCCAUCCUGGGGGCCAGCUACCUCUUCCUCACAGUGCUUGGGGGAGUGGCCGUCUUCCUGUUCGGCAUAGCCUUCCCCAUCUUAUUGGUAUUGAUCCACGCCUCUGUUAGACUGCGGAGCCUCAAGAACAAGUUGGAGAACAAGCUGGAGAGCAUUGGUCUGAAGAGAACACCUAUGGGGCUCCUACUGGAGUCACUAGGACAGGAACAGGAAGCUGGAUCUUAGAGGGGGAGGAGAGGAGGAAAAAAGGAGACAUGUGCCCUGUUCUAUUUCAGUUUCUUGCCUCUUGCUCCUUUGGUAUGCCCAGAUCUGAAAGGAAUGGAUAAAUGUUAGCAAUAUGGUGAUGACGAUAAGUUAAGCUAAGUUCCUUCACAUAUCCUGUCCUGCCCAGAUAUGUAAUCACAGGGGUAGGGGCUAGAGACCUAAAUGGAAUAAGGCCUCUCAGACUGAGAGUGCAAGAAAAGUAGAGGAAGAGAGGAGGGAAGUAAAGCAAUGGUGAUUGUUAUGAUAUCGCAGUGUCACGAAAAUGGUGUAACAGAUUGCAAAUCCUGUGGAAUCAAUUAGGCCUAUGUAAUGCACACACUAACAAAUGACCCUAAAGUCAUUUUGCACACCAUGACAAGCUCCUAAUAUAGAGUUUACAUUGUAUCCUCAGAAAUUAAAAAAUACAUUAUGUUAGCUGAAAAACUGCACUGAGAAGUAAAUGUGGCCUCCUAACAGACAUUGGAUGUGGUGAGUGCUACCAUAAGAUUGUUUUUUAAAUGUAAUUUAACGGCAGUGUUAUGGUUACAACAUUUAUUUUACAUACAUUUUUACAUUUGACAUUUUAGUCAUUUAGCAGACGCUCUUAUCCAGAGCGACUUACAGUUAGUGAGUGCAUACAUAGAAACCUAAAUGUGUUUGAUGAGCCACUACUCUGUAACUCCUGACCACACUGCUUUUUGUGUUAUUGUCCAUCCUCUAUUGUUGUUGGGUUUGGCAAUUUAAUGCAGUUGAAAGUUUAAAUGUGUUUUUGGGAUAGAAGGGCAACUGUGGAACAACUGUACACUUUGCAUAGAAAUAUAAUGAAAUUUAUUCCAAUGAUGCCAUUAUUCCAAUAAUGUUUACCAGGAUUAUUUAUGCCUCUCUGUCCAAGAAUUAUUUGGUGCCAAUAACAUUAAUGUCAGUCUGCCUUCAUUGUGUAAAAUUGUAUUCAAUUGAGAAUAUUGUGUAUUUCUUUGAUCAUCGCCUUCUAUGGAUUUUUUUUCUCCAAUGCUGUCAAAAUAUAUUUACACUUCAUUUACUAAAUAAUAUGCCUUACAUCUGCAA